AUUAGAAAUUAGUCUCUGCUUGUCACUGUACAAUGAAAAUAUUUGAGUUUAAAUGUACCGCAGUUUUGUUUUCAAACUGAUGGGUGUCGUAGCCCAAUUUACUGAAACGUAUAUGUAAUUCUCAGCGUGGCCUAGAGGGGGUUGCAGACUGUUUAAUCGCGUGUCGCUGUUAAGUCGCAGAAGAAGAAAGACCGGAAACAACUGAAAGCGCGGGGCGGAAGAUGGUUUUCCACUGUCUGAAAGUAAAACAAGGAUGUGGGCAGAGUCUCAGCAAGGGCCAUCCGGAUGCGCCCCAUGCAGGCGAGGGUACUGCGCCUACUGCCAAGUCCACUACAGAGACCUGGAUCAGCAUCUGGCCAGUGUCAGACACCUGGAUUGUGUUGAGGGGUCACCCAAGGUCUCCGCCAGUGCGGACGGCAGCCGAGGAAACGAGACGCUACUGGAGCGCUUCCUGCAGGACGUCUUGUUGCACCACCCGCACUGCUACAAGGACAGCAGACCAUCAGACGUAGACCUUCCGUCCGUGUCCGCUCCCCUUUUGCCGAGGCAGCAUCUGGAUCAAGUCUGCUUCUCUGACGACAGCUGCUCAUCGGGCACCCGCGAGCAUCGGCCCAGCUCAGACAACGUGUCUGAGCACCUGACCGAUCUGGAAGCAGGUCCCGGUCCUCACAGCCAAUUGGAGGAGAGGGGGCGCAGACGUGGGGCGGUGGGUCAAGAGAGGCACACGCAUAAACAGCAGGCCCCGUCGCCCGUGCACAGGAAGGCCCACAGGAAGACCGACAGGAGGAAAAGCACGAGGUCUUUAAAGGGUCCAUGUGCGGGCACACCACCCCUGUCCCUCUCCGUUCCCGUGCCACCACACUGGCAAAGCUGGCAGCGGCCGUGCUCGGCAGCUUCCAAAGAGCACAGCGACCUUCUGGAGCAAACUCUUGAAGAGGAGGACACGGAGAGCUUCCAGGUCAGUGCGCCCCUCCAAGCACACAGUCACUCGGACUGGGACUCGCUUGUCCAGGUGCUUUCUCACGGCCAGCAGCUCCAGACGCAGGCCAGGGACUUCAGCCACCUGACCCAUGCUCAGGUAGACCUGACGGACCAGCUGUACUCCCAGCAGCUCCACGCCGCCCUCCGCAGUGAGCCACGUGCGGCCCAGGUGCCGCAGCAUUUCCCACAAUCCUUCAGGGGGAAGACCUGGAGCCAGAUUGAAGAGGAAGAUGAGAAGAAGGUGGAGGACCUGGUCCGACAGUUCAGACAAGGUCGUUUUGUCUGCUACUUCGACAAGGAGUCACGAGCCAGGAGUGGGCGUGGUCAGGAGGAGGCGGCGGUGUCAGACGCGGGUUUCCUCGCUCUAGCGAACCCGGAUGAGGACGAAAUGAGAAAGAGGCGGGGCUUUAGGAUGGCUUCCAGGUGUCAGGUGGUCAAAGUGAGUCACAGCACUCAGACCGUCCACCUUGUCAUCCCCACUGUCUGUCAAUCAACCACGGAGGCCACACCCACCACAUGCCCUCCUGCCGGAGCAGAAAGGACUCCUGAGGUGCGAUGCAAGUGUCUUCCGCCUUCCUACUCCCCCAUUGUGACGCCGCUGCAGGCCAGCACGUCCCUGGUCUACCUACUCUCCUCUCCUACGUUUCCUGCCCCCACCUGCACACGGGCGGCAGGCCACACCCCUAAACGCAGUAGGAAGAGGCAGCGGCCGCAGGAUUUCCAGCGCUUGAAGGUGAAAUAUAAACCGUUUCCCGUGCGCUUCUAUGACCCCCGCAGCAAUCACAUCAUCAAGAACCCUCCCAAAGGUUUGAAAAGUUCCACGCCCUCUGGCCCCCUGCCGCCAUGUGUCCGUCAGCUCUUCCGAAGUCUGAGCCCGGAUCUGAACGCAGAGAGACUGUCAGGGGAGGGAGGCAAAGUUCCCACCUCCUCCCUCGGCAGCCACGUUGCGGUGAGCGUGCUCAGUGCUGACCCGGCACACGCCCACAAACACCACAGCCUGCCCGGGAGGCGGGACCCGCGGGAAAGACGGACCGGAACCUCCUCACCCGCAACGGAUGGUCUCCAUCACAAACAUGCCGCCCCCCAGCCCUGCGCACGGCUGCGCCCCCGACGAGGAAGGCCUCAGGGCGGCUGCGAGAAGGCAGCUAAGUAGCAUGUCCCUUUCUUUCCUGCACACUUUUAAGCUAGCCUGGCCUGGCCUAGCCUAGCCUAGCCUUUCUCUUUAUGCCAUUUCAUCAUCAUCAUCAUACAAGACUUCUAAUAAAAAACUCCCAAGACUUGAAGCAAAUGUUCUUUACUGAGCUUUAGCUUGAAAAGCAGCUGGUGAGACCCUCUGGUUCCAUCACCUUCCACAUUGGGUUCAAAGAUUUGGGCUGUCCAUCCAGUAUACUGUAGGUGGCAUCCAGCAGAACCCACUUGCUCACAGUGCAACGAAAGGAAAACAACAUAUCCGCAGCAAGGUAACGCAUCACAUAGCAACAUAGUACGCCACUGAAAGCUGUUAUUUCCAAAUGUCCACAAGGCAUGCUGGGUAGUCCAGCUGCAACAGCAAUAUGAAGUAUGAAGAGUGAAACGUUGGAUAUCAGGAGUAUGUUAGCUUGGUUACCUUGGUUACUUCUGACCACCUUCUCAACAUAUUUUGCAACCUGGCAAAAAUGCAACAAACACGGCAAAAUGUUGGGAGAGAGUACCACAAGCUACCCAGCAUGCCUUGCGGUGUUAUUGUGGCGUGUAGAUAUGUGCAUGCCCACAUGGUGCAGUAGGUAGGUUGUGUGUGUUGAUGUGCUGUUUGGAUGUCUUUUAGUACCAUCUGACUACUUUGGCCACCCAAGCGUGUCACAGGAGCACUGCACGUCACGUUGCCAGCUACACUUUCCAUCUUCAAGGUUUAAGAAAAGCAAUUUAAUAUUAUCACUUUAUUCCUGUAAUAUUAUCACUUUACUCCCAUCAUAUUAUAACUUUAUUCCCAUAAUAUUAUCACUUUAUUCCCAUAAUAUUAUCACUUUAUGCCUGUAAUAUUAUCACUUUUUUCCCAUAAUAUUAUCACUUUAUUCCCAUAAUAUUAUCACUUUAUGCCUGUAAUAUUAUCACUUUAUUCCCAUUAUAUUAUUACUUUAUUCCCAUUAUAUUAUCACUUUAUUCCCAUAAUAUUAUCACUUUAUGCCUGUAAUAUUAUGACUUUAUUCCCAUCAUAUCAUCACUUUAUUCCCAUUAUAUUAUCACUUUAUUCCCAUAAUAUCAUCACUUUACUCCCAUAAUAUUAUCACUUAAUUCCCAUAGUAUUAUCAAUUUAUUCCCAUAAUAUCACUUUACUCCCAUUAUAUUAUCACUUUAUUCCCAUCAUAUUAUGACUUUAUUCCCAUAAUAUUAUCACUUUAUUCCUGUAAUAUUAUCAC